AUGUCGUGGUCGGGGUUCAAGAAGGCGGUCAACAGGGCGGGUGCCCAUGUGAUCAUGAAGACAAGCAAGGUGAAGGAGUCGUCGGUGGAUGCUGAGUUCGACGAGAAGGAGAAGAGCUUUCUCGUGUUCGAGCGACUCAUGACAGAGCUGAACGCGGAGCUCGGCAACUUCAAGGACAUCUUCGUGGACUUGAUUGAAACGCAGUUCAAGCUCGUGAAGGCGCUAGACUCGUUCUACGGGGACUACAAUUUCGACAUCGAGGCGGACAACAUGGUGGGCAUCAACAUAGAGAGCGACGGCAGCGCUGGAGACAGGGUCAAUCCGCGGGACGGCAUUUCGUUGACGCUGUUGCGGAACCUGAACGACAUACGACUAACGGUGUUGACGCAGCUGAACGAGCCGCUGGACAUCACGGUCUUCCAGCCCAUCAAGGAGCUGAACGAGUACAACGACGAGAUCCACAAGUUGAUCAAGAAGAGAGGAAGGAAGAAGUUUGACUUUGACGUGUCGAAGAACAAGCUCGAGAAGCUCCAGAACGAGUACAACUCGUUGGAGCUUUCGCUAAGAGAGGAGAACAGCACAAACAGCAACGCCUUGGUGAACUCGAACACGCAGCUCGAGAAGUACAAGGAGAAGCUGGAUAAGUUGAAGAGCGAGGACAAGAGCAUCACCGACAUCUACACCGACAUCAAUCAGCGGCUGAAAAACGAGAUAGACGAGUACAUUGCUCUGCGGUUUUCACUAUUGGACCCGUCUUUCGAGAGCUUCAUGAAGAUUCAGCUCAAGCUCUACACAGACCUGCAGGAGAAGUUCAACAACGAUGUCCAGAUCGACGGUGCGACGAGGGAGGACCACGAGUCAGGCAAGUUGGACAGCAGGCUGGACGAGAUCCUGAGUAAGAUGAGGGCGCUGGACAUCCACAACUUGUGA